CCAACCCCUUCUCUAUACCUCCAUUAAAUUUUUACUUACUUGCCACGUUAAUUAACAGAAUCAAUUCACUCUUUGCUAGUACUGCCUCAAUUUACCUGCUACCGCCAGAUUCAGCCGUAAAAUUGAUUCCUUUUUGUUUCCGCCUUGAUUCGCAGGGGUACCUCUAACCCUAACCUAAUCAAACCUCCAAUCUUCGUCUCCCAUGGAUUCUUUGCUAGCAAACUACGCUUCCUCAGACGAAGAAGAGGAUCAGAAACCACCAUCCACAGAACCCCUUUCUUCUACUCCUUCCAGAGCAUCUUCCCUUUUCUCUUCGCUCCCUCAGCCCAAAUCUUCUGCUCUUUUCUCUUCUCUUCCCCAACCGAAACAACCCCAGAAAAUUCCCACCACCACCGUCCCUAUUGGUGAUGCUGACGACGUGGAAGAAGGAUUAUCGGAGAAAGGUGCGAAAUUUUCCCGGGUUGUUGACAACAGAGAGGAGGAAGAAGAAAAGGGUUCAAACCCCACUUCUCUUUUCUCUUCACUCCCUCAACCCAAAUCUCAAAAUCCUCAACAGCCUGAUUCCAGUCUCGGGUCUUCUCAAUCCAAUCCCAAAAGGGUGGUUCAAUUCAAGCCUCCGAUCAUUCCCACUCCUAACAAGUUUGAGGAUGAUGAGGACGAUGAAGAUGAUGAGGAGGAGGAGAGAAGAAGGCGCAGAGAAUCUGAAUCCUCAAGGCAGGGUCCUUCUGUCACGUCCUUUUUAUCGAGUAUUCCUGCGCCCAAGAAUUCGGUGACGUUGGGUGUUCUUCCCUCUUCAGGUUCAGGUCGAAGAUCCAUUAUUGAAACAGAAGUGCCUGCAUCGAGUUCAAGCUCCUUUAAAGCUGAGAAUGAAUCGGGUACCGAUCAUAAGGUAGUCAAUUAUGCCAGUACCAACCUAAAUUCAGAGAACAAUGUGAACUAUAGCAAUUAUGAGUCUAGCAUUGAUCAAAACACAGGUAGCAGUGUGGAUAAUGCUGGUUAUGGAAAUUAUGAAUCUGGUUUUUCUCAAAAUGUGGAUUAUAGUGGCUAUGGAAGCUAUCAGCCAAGUGCUGACCAAAAUGUUGGAAGCUAUGACGCUGCUAGCUAUGGAAGCUAUGAGGGUUAUGUGAGUAACUAUGGGCAAUCUGAGAAUAAUUGGGUUGAUGGAUCAGCAGCCAUGGUACCAGAGACCAUAGGGGUUUCUGACAUUGGGAUGCAAUUACCGAGGAAGAGGGGGAGGAAUGAGUUGCCUACAGAAAUUGUUGAGGUGAAGCAGGAUGAGUUGAUGAAGAAUAGACCAAGAGAGGACCAGGUCAAGUUGACUGGAAUUGCUUUUGGGCCUUCUUACCAGCCUGCUUCAACAAAGGGGAAGCCUUCAAAGCUUCACAAAAGGAAGCAUCAGAUUGGUUCUCUAUACUUUGAUAUGAGGCAGAAAGAGACGGAAUUAGCAGAGAGGCGUGCAAAAGGUUUCCUCACCAAAGCUGAAACUCAAGCCAAAUAUGGAUGGUGAUCUUUCAUGUUUUUAGAAAAGGACAUCACAAAAUGUUCUGUAUCAAGUUGAAAAUUGUAACCAUGUUUAGCAUUUGACAAAUUUGUUGUAUGGUUCUCUGUUUUGUGCGGGGAACUUGGGACAUGAAACUAGUUAUCUCAUAACAUUCUUUGCCCUUAAUUUUUGAAAACUUCAAACUUUUUAUCAACAUCAGUCAGAGUUCAAACAAAAUUGUUACAUGAUAAGUUCUUUUGUAACUUUUGCUGAUGUUCGAUUUUGAAUAAUGUUUUGAAAAGUUCCGUUCUUAUGCAAAUUUCAGUGAUGUAAAAGGCACACUUAGGUGGGUUGUGGCUCAAGGGUUUAGUGGUCAUCAAGUCUUCAGCUCGGACACCCACAAGACCCUUAUUGGAAAUUGAGUGUUGUUUGCACUUUGUAGUAUAUUCUCCCUUCCCCAAAAUUUUCUCUUGUUCAGAAGAAAACACGCGCGCUUAGGUUGUGCCUGAGCACUAGGUAGUAGGUAGUGACCCAUUGUCUCACCAGGCAUCUAGUUGGUG